AUGGAGACGGACAGCCCGCGGAGCCCGGAGGCGGAGAUCGGGCACCGGGUGGAGGACCUGUGGGAGGUGGCGCAGCCGCAGCUGUCCCCGUCGGAGAAGCUCAACUCCUGCUUCGAGGACAUCCCCGUCGCCGCCUUCCCGCGCACCCACCCCUCGCAAGUGAUCGAGAUACCUUCGGAUGCCAGCCUUGCUGAUACUGUUGAGACAUUGUCCAAGAAUAAAAUUUUGAGUGCACCCAUAAGAAACGUCGAUGCUCCAGAGGAUGCUACUUGGAUAGACAAAUACAUCGGUAUUGUGGAAUUUGCUGGUAUUGCAAUGUGGUUGCUUCAUCAGAGGUCUGAUGCUUCAGGUAAUGGAACAGCUGGUUCUGCAGUUGGAUCACCUGUGGUCAAUCUAGCAUCUAGGUUAGGCUCUUUCACAUUCAGAAGAACGUCAUCUGGCAGGGUAGAAACCACUACUGAUUCAGAAUCAGAUGAAGCUGCAUCAGUGGGUGGAAGCUUUUUUGAAACCCUUACUUCCUCUGAGUUCUACAAGAACACAAAGGUUGGCGAUAUCUCAGGAAGCUUCCGAUGGGCGCCAUUUCUUGCCCUGCAGACAUCUGACACAUUCCUCACUAUGCUGCUUCUUCUAUCCAAGUACAGGAUGAAGAGCCUCCCCGUGGUAGAUAUGGGGGGGAAUCAGAUUGAGAAUAUCAUUACACAAUCUUCCGUUGUGCACAUGCUUGCAGAGUGUGUUGGACUAUCUUGGUUUGAAAGCUGGGGAACUAAGAAACUCUGUGAACUGGGUCUUCCUCUGAUGAAGCCAUACAGACUUGUUAAGGUAAAUGAAGACCAGCCAGUCCUAAAAGCCUUCCAACUAAUGAGGGAAAAGGGGGUUGGUGGUGUGCCUGUUAUGGACACAAAUGGAACAAAAGCAAUUGGUAACAUUAGCAUCAGAGAUGUCCAAUAUCUUCUUAGUGCCCCCAAGAUAUACAAACAAUACAGGACAAUCUCAGCCAAGGAUUUCCUUACCGCGGUCCGGCACCAUCUCCAGGAGCAGCACGAAGCGUCGCCGUUGCUGCACGACGUGAUCACAUGCAAAAGAGACGACGUGAUCAAGGAAAUCAUACUGAAGCUGGACUCGACCAAGAUCCACAGGAUCUACGUGGUCGACGACAAGGGGGAUACCGAGGGGGUGAUCACGCUGAGGGACAUAAUCUCCAAGCUGGUGCACGAGCCACGGCAUUACUUUGGGGAUUUCUUCGACGGCGUCGUCCCCCUACCCGCAAACAGUACCGUAUGA